AUGGCUUCCGUGUUGGCUACCGUGCAACGCUAUCUUUACAUCGGAAACGAUGUACCGUUCUUCUUCGAUGUCACAGAACCCUUGGAUAUAGAGUUGGGCAAGAAAGUGCUUGCUCCGGCAGUAAAACCCCAGCCAUUAACUCCCGCCGUGAACGGUGCUUCAAAGCGAUCGAAGAAAGUGCCAAAAUUGAAAAAUGUCGAACCAGCACCAAAGGGAGAGCAAACGCGCAAUGAAACCAGUGGUUCCCUGACAACGAUCCCAGUACCGCCGGUGCUCGCUUUGAUCAAAAAGAUACUCCGAGUCCAGACCGUCAGGCGGUUAGACGAAUGUUUGUUCGCUUUGGCGUACUGUAGCCGUGAAUUGCCGACCGUAGAAGAACGCCACAGCGUGUACGCGGAGCUACCGGAAUUACUAAGUGGUUCGCACGAGCUCUUUGUAUUUCUCGAAUACUACACGCGGCUUGCGACGCAAUCGGGCUACGCGGGCUUCGGUCAUGGACUGCGUGGUGCCAUUACGCGUUGGUAUGACAAGUAUGGGGCACUGGAACUAGCGGCGAUCGUUGCUAGUAGCAAUAGUGUCGAGGGAUGGUCUCAUGCCGAUGUUAUUCGAAAGACGCACCUGAAGCUGGCCUGCCCUGCAAAACAAGCUGUAAUUGAUGCCGCGACGAAACGUACCAGUCAGCUAGUGAGCUACAUAGCUCUUAGAUCCGCAGAGAAGAAAGACCCUGAGAAAGCGAACGAGAACGGGGCGAUCAUGGAUGCGCUCAACCGCUACCGUACGCUAAGGGAAAUACGUGGGGCACCAAGCGCAGUAGAAACGGUGGAAUACAUCAACAAGCAUGGAGCGAUCACGUUUGAGCUGAUACCCAAGCAGUUUAGACGUUCGGUCAAAGUGUGGGAGGCAUUAUUUCCCCAUCUAACCUACCGCGAGUUGCUAGCUGCAGCCUUGCCGAUGAUGGACUUCUCGGUGCUGAAAACCAGCGAUAGCUCCAUCACAAAAGCAUAUAUAAAUGCGCUGUCCGAUCGUCGUAAGGCUAUUGAGAAGGAGAAGAUUAAUGCGAUUGAGGUACACGACAUAGUGAAGUUGUUUAGCAACCUUCGCCGAUACAAGAGCAAAUUGAAGGAAAAACAACAGCGAGAAAAAAAAAACACGAACAUUAUUCCGCCAUUCGACAUUUUCAACAUGUUAGACGAGAUCGCAGAUUAUUCACUUUCACAUCACCCAAAAACUGGUGCACGAUACUAUAUCGCUCUCGACCUUCGCCGUGCUCAUCUAAAGAAGCAUGUUCUACGCAGUUGCAUAGUGGAGUGCAUCGAAGCUAGUGCUUUGAUGGCGUUUUCCAUCUUUAAGCGGGAGAAAAACGUGACCGUUGUGGCGUUUGCUGAGGACGAGAAAUCAUUGCGUCCGGUUGAGUUUCGCCAAGAUAUGACCUGGUCCCAGGCACUGAAACAUUGCAAGGACAUGGUGCUCCCAAAAACGAAAGCCAAGCUCACGAUGCCGAUUCAGAAUGCCCAGACUAACAAGCAAGAGGUGGAUGUAUUCAUCACCAUCACAGAUUCCUUGGUUCGCAUAAAUCCUCUUCGUUCAGCCCCAGCGGAAGCGCUGCUCGAGUACCGUAAAGCUAUGAACCUUAAUCUAACCAGAUACGUUGCUGUAUCACUUUGCUACCAUAAACCUUCGCUGGAGUUCAACGAAAAUUCGAUGAAAACUGGAGGUAUUCUGGAGCUGGUUGGAUAUAAUGCCAGCAAUGCGAAGCUUAUUGAAGCGUUUGCAAAAAAUCUUUUCUUUUAACUACAGCGAGGAAGGUAUGUACUGCACUUCGUAUAUUUCCACAAACGCAUCGAACGAACCGAUAAUUUGAAAAUGGCAGUCACUGGGCAGCUCAUAAGUGUUGCCUACUUACCGUAUUGUCGGGUACAGAAUAAUGGUGCAUAUUUAGCUGCCAAAACUUUCUCCAAAACAGGCUGUACAACUGAUUGAGUUCAAAAUUUCCAUUUCGAUAAAAGGCUAGCAGUGUCUGUGCCUUCCGACACUCGAUCGGUUUGUGCACUGCACAAAGUAAAACACGAACCCCGGAAAAGAUUCAACGAUUGCAUAUCUUUACGUGAAGAAAAACAAAACGAACAUCGAUCGAUGUAACAAUGGCUCUAUCAGUUGUGAUACGAUCCCUCCAUCAAACGGACAAAAGCAAAACGAAACCAGAGAACGAUAUUACUAAAAAACUAUGAACAAAACGUUAACGAUACUGUCAGUUGAUCGGCAGCACUCCGGCAUAAACUGCUUUACCCCCCACAAAGGUUGGAAAGUGUAGUUUAGCUAUUCAACCCAAUUUUCUUUUUGUCGAAUUUAUUACACUGAAUCAUUAUACUCGAUUAUUAUUUCCGUUUCCUACUGGUAAUUUAGCUUCGCGUAUUCUCAUUGUGUAGGUGUUUAAGGAACUAUUGUGUACUGGUAGAUGUAGAUUGAUCACACUACUUCAUACAUAGUGUAAGGUUAGAAUUCUAAACAAGAAUUGGAUCUUGUAGUAUGAAGGUCAUUUGCAGUCUUGCUCCGAAUACGUCGUACAAAGGUUUGCGAAAAGGAUUUCCUAUCCAUUUCAACAAAUUCUCCGUAUUUUUCGUGAACGUUGCUACAAUUUUUAUGUUGACUUGUACGCAACUUUCUUUCCCAUGUAUGUGGCGUUCAAAAUCCCUAAGAGCCAUGUUGUCGUAUUCUGAAAUUGCAAACCUUUUUUCGGGGUAACAAGUUGAUACUGUUAUUCAACAUUCUGAAUGUUGGAAAGCUUUUGCCAUUACGUCUGAUCGUAACUAUUGCAAACUGUUAUGAUCAAUAGUAUGGAGUAUUCCAUCUGAAAUUGGGAACAUUGGCGAGUCUCGUUACGAUUCAUUUAUUGUACGAUGGUUCGGCAACGAUUGGUAGUAGUUGAAUAAUAGGAAAUAAUACCCCUUAUAGUAGAUAUAAAGUAUAGUAACAUGGCAGUUUAUUCAACGUUCUAUUGCCUAUCUCAAUCCCUAUAUCGUAACACUACACUCUAUAACCAAUAUUAUAAGUGUGAUAGAGGUAAGCACAGUUCGACACUGAACCGUGAAAUAUUCACCUUAAACAUCUAUAAUACACGUGUGUAGGUAUAAGGAUCUUUAUACAAGAAUUAUGUUCGUUAAUAAUUUGCGUAGCUUGCGUUGAUAAUGAGUAGUUUGCCACCCUGAGGAAAACUCGUCUGCCGAAGACAAGGUUUAUUUCCAAGACAAAUGGGUAUACGAACCACUUUAGUUCAAAAUGAAUAAACCGUUCAGUGACAUAAGAAUAAUAAGUUCAGUGACUCAUAAGAAUGUUGUGUCUGCCGGAAAUAACUGAAAAACCAAAUUAUUAAGUAAUUGAACAGUAAUUAAAAUUCCAUUAUUACACAAUAGUCAAUGCAGCGCUUCGGACACCGGAGCAACGAUUUAGCAGAACAACUAAAACCAUUUUAACAAUAAUUGAUAGAGCUGUGAUUCAAAACAUGAAAAAAAUUCCUCGCUUUUUGAGGCAACACCCGUAGUUCUAGUUGGCCCUACGUAAAACAAUUGCUUUUGAAGGCAACUAUAGAUAUACCUAAUAGCGAUGAAUAACUUUUUUUUUGUAUGGUUAAUGUUCCACAACUCUAACGAAUUGUUCCGUUGAAAACAAAAGUCGUGCAAAGUAUUCACAUUGCAAGUGAGGGCCACUGAAAACUUCUUCUUUUGUUAUCAUUAUUUUCACUCUCUCAUCCCCCGAGACAUGAUUGAAAUUGCUGUUAAAAAAUACUAGAAUGAAUUACGUAUCUGAAACAAAAGGAACAACCAACAAACAAAUCGAAUGUGAUAUAGACCAUGAAAACGAAACAUAAAAACCGUUAAUAUUGGAAACAAUCAAAUGAAACAGACUGGAUUUGUGAAAUAAGUGCGGCUUACAAUGUUGACUUGCUCUCUUUUCCGCAUUUUCGUUUAUAUCAGAAAACAAUCAAAUGCAAAAGCAAAUGUUGUAAAAAAAAACAAAAAAAAUAAUUAAGAAACGUUAAAUUUAGCGGACACUGGACAUAUUUUGCAUAUUUUCGUUUGUCCUUUGGAUUGUGAAUGUUUUAUCCAAAGUUCUAGUUUGAUACUUAAUUACGAUUAUACUGACAUGAAUGACAAGCGCAUGCCAUUACUUUGAAUGCACCGUAUUUCGUAUUUACUUUGUUGAAUCGUUCAAAAUCGUGACCUGAAAAGACACACGCACCAAAUGAUCAUUCUUGAGCUUCCGCGUCUCUGUGAAGACGAACGAAUGAUAAAGAAUUAAAAAUUGUUUUCUAUUGAGCAAUCGAUGAAAUUGGAUUGUACUUGGCGCUUGCAAUGGUUCUAUGAACAGACAAAUAUUCCUUACCAAGUACGACAAACCAACCAAACGAUCUAAAAAUACUCAUUGAAAGGAUUUCUAGCUGGUGUUGGAUGAGCGGAUGGUUGGAGCGGAGUGACAGUCUGGAGAACAAUGUGAAGAGAAAGUAUCCUCGGGUCUGACGACAAUUAUUUCAUACAAUAAUUUAAAAAUCCAAUAUUUUCGAUAAACAACCGAAUGAUGCUGCUAACAAAAUUGGCUUGGUACUAUCACAAACGAAUUCUACGAUGAAAGACCCAAACUACGGGGUUUCCAUAUUGUUUCCAUAUUUAUCAAUUAAAGACUGAAUCAAACAACAAAUGGAACCAAAGCACAGGUUUUCGUUUACAUUAUGGCUUACCUAAAAAUUUAACCGUAGUCAAUAACGCACUGCCAGUCAUCAAUUGAAGUUUCUUCUUUUUGUGUUUCCUUUUGCCGCUGUGACAUACAACAGAAAUGUAAGAACAAAGAAUGGACAGUAUUUAUUUAAUGAAAGCCAAAAUAUGUAAAGCCACAAACAAAACAGCUCAAUUCGCUGAACGUGAAGCUAAAAGUAACAGAAAACGGGUACGCUCAAAUUAAAGUUUAAAUCAAAGACUUACUUAACGUUGUGCACGAAAUAAAACACAAAAUGAUGGAUAGGGGACUAUGUAUUUGAAGAAAAUCUACUGUCCCAUUCCGCUCAUCAUCCGCCAGGGAAAUGUUUCGGUUGCCUCUUGAAAUGUGGAUCAUCAUCUCAAAUCUGGCCAUAGUUAGAGAUAUCGGUUUAGGAUACGUGGUUCUUUUAGGUAUGUUAUUAUGAGUGGCAAAAACAAGUCAAAUGUUAAAAUGCCCCAUCCGUGCUAGAAUAACAAAAAAGAAAAAUUCUUCAAACGGGAAAAGAUAACUGCCAACAAAAAUGUAUUAUGUUCCAGAUACAAAGCCCAGAGCCCCAUUAUCUACCCUGUGUUUCGAGCCUUUUGUCAGUUCGACACUCAUAAAGUAACUAACAAAACGCUUAUUGAAAUUGGAAAGAACGAAGCCCAUUUCUAAAUCGGACAAAAGAUCAUGUUCCCAAUGGUUUUUUUCUAUUCAUUAAACUGACACACUGUGGACUGUUGAAAUGUUCUUCUUUUACUGUCUUGCUAUACGUUAAAAAGGCUGAAAUAAGUCUAAAGUAUUCGCUUUUCCGUAACGUAAGGCAUUGAUCGAUUCGAUUAACCUGCGAACAGUGCACACAAAAAUAAUACCGGUAAAAUCCAGAUAGAAUCUUGGUGAUCGAAUUGUUUUUUGUUUAUAUACCUUCUACUUACCCUUACGUUAUUCACAGCCUUUGAACUGUUGCCAAAACUCAGAAAAAUGAAUUUCUGCUAAUGAUUCUUUGCUACACAACUCUAUGGUUCGGCAGCAUACGAACCACCCUAGCUUCGUUAGUUAGUUAACUAUGUAAAUGAUGCAGGCAGAAGUGUAUCGUAAAACCAUUUAACGUAAGCAAGUUGUCCAGAUAAAAAACAAAAAAAUAUUUUUCUACCACAGAAAACUGACAAUUAUCAAAUAAGUAAUAGCCAAUGGUGAAAC